AUGCUGAAUCAGUUCAGUCUGUUAGAACAUUUGAACAAAUUGGUUUCUAGCCUCGAAGAGAUUCAGCAGUCCUUGGACAUGUAUCUGGAAACAAAACGCCAAAUCUUCCCGCGUUUCUACUUCAUUGCCAACGAUGACCUGCUGGAGAUUUUGGGUCAGGGUCGAAAUCCCGAAGCAGUAAUGCCACAUAUGAAGAAGUGUUUUGACAACAUCAACACUUUGCGUAUUGAAAAAGUAACUCCGGUCCGUAUCAAAGCCAUCGAUUGCUAA